AUGAAAACAAUACCGCGUCGCGUGAAGAGAACAAAUGUUGCGCCGCGUGAAGAGAACAAUAAUGAACAAACCCAGGCGCCAACCCCUCCACUGUCGGCAGAACUACAAAAGACACUUAAUAACUUGGAUAGAAAACAACGGAAAGUGUAUAACGCAAUGCCUACUCAUGAGUUGAGAGUUGGAUUUCUAGAAGCGAUCUUGGACGAAAAGAAGAAAGGGGAGCUUAACGUCAAUGUAAUCGUCCUUACCAUCGUUAUGCUCGUCGCUGUAGAGCGCUGGCAUAAAGGACAACGACCAACACGUCCUAUGCCAAAAGAUCGAACAAAACUGUUUUUCUGA